AUGUCUUCAUUCUCAAAGGAAGAUCUGGAGAAGAAGCUUUCAGAGCUGAGAAACAGCAAAGAGAGCAUUCAGACCCUGUCCCUCUGGAUCAUCCACUAUAGGAGAUUUUCUCAAGUCAUCGUCUCUGUGUGGGACACAGAGCUGCGUAAAGCAGAGUCAAGCAGAAAGCUUGUUUUUCUACUAUUGGCAAACGAUGUCAUCUUAAAUAGCCAAAGAAAGGGACCAGAAUUUGUUAAAGGCUUUGCCCCUAUCAUCGUGGAUGCCUUUAAACACGCAUGUGAAGUCAGUGAUAUCUGUAGGACAGAACUACGCAAAGUGAUUUUGAUUUGGAAGAAAAAGGCUGUUUAUAACCGUGUCAUCUUGGAAGAGCUGAAGAUGAUCCUCUAUGGAGAGAAGAAGCCUAAGAAGCGUAGGUUCAGUGAGGUGAAACAAGAUCAUGAUGAUACUUCAGCAAGUCGUCCACCAAAGGCACCUCUACAAUCCAAAGAUCUUGCUUGUGUGAUACGUGAAACUGAAAACACAGCUUCCGGUGAUGCAUCUGUGCACCAGAUGACGGACUCCUUACCUGCAGAGAUAAACAUUAUGUCUUAUCUGGGAAGGAUUGGUGAUAAAGAAUCUGGCCAUCAGCUUUCCAAACUUUUAUUUAAUGCCUGCAUGCUGCUAGCAGAUGGAGCUGGAAGAUUGGCAGCAGAAACGGAUGAUCGGAAAGACCUGAUUCAAAUGCUGUCCAACUAUCUGCAGCGUCAGGAAGAAGAGAUUGAAGAGAAGGAACACCAGCUUGAAAUGUAUAAAGAAAAGUUAGAGAGAGCAAAGGAGCUUCAGAAUGAACUGUGUUCACGCUUCAAAUAA